AGAGACAAAUAUACACACGCGGCUCAAAAACAAUUACUUAAAUGAAAUAAAUUUACAGCCAAUAAGCACCAACCACGUCUUCUCACCACUUACCACUUUCCUCUCUCUCUCUGCAUUUGUCUCCUGAGAACCCUUGAAAUCGCUACACGAUCUCGUAAACGUGUCUCUCUGACUUCAUCACUUCAAUCUUCCUCAUCAAUUCUUUUAGAUUCCGUUUCUAAAGUGUUCAUCUUUUUUUCUUCCUUCAGCUCAAUUAGAUCACUUCCGUUUUUGGGUUAAUGGAGUAAAAUGAAAAUUAUGCUUUAGCUAAAGCUUCUCUUAGACUUGUAGACAGAUUCUUUAUUUCUUUUGUGUAAAGGUAUAGAAUUCGUGGAGACGAGAAUAUAAAACGACCAGACCAAGUUCGGGAUAUUCGUUUCUUCUUCUGCUUUUGGUCUCUUCCUCUUCUCUAGACCAAAGGGUUUUUAUUCUGUCUCAAAAAAAUUAAAACCUUUUUUUAAGGAGAGGAAGAAAAGUUUCGAUUUUUUUCAGAGAAACACCAAAAAGGCAGAAAACAGAGAAAUCAAAUCACCCGAAUUCAUGAAACAGGGUUCGAUGAAUAGGUCGUGUCUCUUUAGUAUCUUAAUCACUGCUGCUCUGAUCUGUGGUGCUUAUUUCAUUGCCAAUGCUUACCUUGCUGAAGAAUUUAAAGAGAGAUUACUAAAGUGGGAGAUCACUGAUAAGAUGCAGAACGCAACAUCAACCCGUACGUGUGAGGAUUUCAAGAAACCAUUGGGUACAGAAGCAUUACCGCAAGGAAUAAUCGAGAGGACAUCGAACUUGGAAACGCAACAUCUAUGGAACUAUGAUCACACAAAAAAGAGAAGUCCGAACCCGUCAAUGAGUUUGUUAGCUAUGGCAGUUGGAAUCAAGCAAAAGGAGCUAGUCAACAGAGUUAUCCAAAAGUUCUCUCCUCGAGAUUUUGCGGUCAUGCUUUUUCAUUACGAUGGUGUUGUCGAUGACUGGAAGCAGUAUCCAUGGAAUGAGCAUGCAAUUCAUGUUUCCGUAAUGAAUCAAACAAAAUGGUGGUUCGCCAAGCGAUUCUUACAUCCCGAUAUAGUUGCAGAGUAUGAAUAUAUAUUUCUUUGGGACGAGGAUCUUGGUGUAGCUCAUUUCAAUCCUCAACGAUACCUAUCAAUUGUGAAAGAAGAGGGGCUUCAGAUAUCGCAACCGGCUCUCGACACUACAAAAUCAGAAGUGCAUCAUCCAAUAACCGCUCGUCGCAAGAAAGGAAAAGUUCACAGGAGGAUGUAUAAAUACAAAGGUAGCGGGCGAUGUGAUGACCAUAGCACCAAUCCUCCCUGCAUCGGAUGGGUAGAAAUGAUGGCACCUGUUUUCUCUAGAGGAGCAUGGAGAUGUUCUUGGUAUAUGAUUCAGAAUGAUUUGAUCCAUGCUUGGGGUCUAGAUACGCAGCUUGGUUACUGCGCUCAAGGUGACAGAAAGAAAAAUGUUGGUGUUGUUGAUGCGGAGUACAUAGUUCAUUACGGCCUUCCAACGCUAGGUGUGGUUGAAACCGCUUCACUCUCUGUGCGGAAUGAGACAGACCCAAAAUCAACGGAAUCAUUAGAGUCUCGUGAAGUAGAUAAUAGACCAGAAGUGAGGAUGAAAUCAUUUGUAGAGAUGAAGAGAUUCAAGGAACGUUGGAAGAAAGCUGUGAGGGAUGAUAGAUGUUGGGUCGAUCCGUAUUAGAACCGGAGUGGUUGAAGUAAACCGAACCAAAUUGGAUUAUUUCCAUAAUAGUGUUGAUAUUGUUUUUGUUUGAGUAACCCUUUGGUGGUCCAUUUGUAUACAAUUAUUUUGGUACAUAGAUUUUGUUCUAGUGGUCCAUUUGAGUGUAUUUAUGUGUGUUUAUGGACCACAGAGUAGAUUUUUCACAUUUUGUACCAUUAUACAAAAGUGUUUUUGUUACAAGUAAAAGCAUCUAUGAUUGAUUAUA